AAAGAAUCCGGUGAACCUGAGAGUUUCUGUGGUGAAAUCAACCUGCUGGAGCUGAGACAUCAAACUGAGUUUCCCAAACUUAGUAUAUUGUGUGCUUCACAUGUUGAACAUUAACGCAACGCCCCGCUCCGGCCCGCUCCGCCCCGGCCCGGUCCGGCCCGCUGCCAGCUGUUUCUGGCUUUGGCAGCAGAGGGAAGAGAGGAGGCCGCCGGUCGGAGUCAUGAAGCGGCAGCUGGAGAUCGCCGCCCUCGGCGUGGCCGCCGCAGGUUGGCUGGCCGCCGUCCUGACUCGCUGCCUGGCGCUGUGGACGGUCAGCGGGACGCUCGACAACCAGACAGCCAGCCUGCCUGCCUACUGGGAUGGGGUGUGGCUACAGUGGGAUCACUGGGAUCUGGCCCACGAUGGCAGCCUGCACUGCUCUUUCUACCAAUCCCUGAUGUCUCUUUCUGGAAGUUUUCGCACGUGGAGGGCUCUCAUCAUGGCCGCCAUUGGAGUCGGGGGCUUCGCCAUGGUGGUCGGAGGAGUGGGGCUGGUUUGGUUCCCACAGAGGGGCCAGAUCAAGGUGUUUUCUGGGAGUUUUUUCAUCGUGGCUGGGAUCCUGUUGCUGGUUCCCACAGCCUGGACGUGCCACCACACCAGCCAGCCACUAGAGGGCGCGGUGCCGCUCAGGAGAGACUGGGGACCUGCUCUGUACCUCGGAUGGAUCUCCUUCGCGUUGAUGCUGGUCGGUGGGGUGUUUCUGACCACCAGAUGCCCCGCCGCUGGGGUGCAGGAGGGGCAGCCUGGCGGCCCCGAGGAGGAGGCCAGCAACCCGCUGAGCACCAUCAACAGAACCGCGUUCACAAACAGCCAAUACAACCGCAGGUCGCCGCCCAUCUGACAGAACUGGACCGGGCAGCAGAACCAAAGAAAAGUGAAAUUAAUGCUCUCAGGAAAGCGUCUGACUGCACUUUUUUAAGAUAUAAAGGGUUAGAAUUAACUUAAAUGAGCAGAACUGCACAGACUUUAUUAACAGGAACUGAUGUUUGCUGUGUUUUGUUCUACUUUAACAAACUGUUUGUCUUUUUAUUAUGUCUAUCCCAGUAAAACAGAACAAGACGGUGACUUGUUCAUACAGCGGCUCUCUGGUAUUGAGAAACGAUUAUUUCCUGGAGGCAUUUCCACUACAAAUGUGCGCAAAACUGUCAAUGUUCCCGUAAUGUAAAAAUCAAACAACAAACAAACAAACACAAAAAAACUCAAUUUCGCAAUUGACUGCGAAGAAGGAAGUGCUGAUCACAGCAGAAAAUCGACGUCAUCGUUUACAUAUGAUGGAGUGUUAGAGCUAUUGUGGCU